GGAAAAACGUGUUCGCGGUGAGGCGAGGUGCGCACAUUCGAGGUUAUAACACAGUGUGUUUACGUUCUCUGUAGUCGCACGUUUUUACUCUUGAACCCUCUGUCGAAAGUCGCGUUAAUUAUCUGUCAGCCAUGGAAAAUCAAGAAGAAAACCCAAAGAAAAAUCUGAAACGCAAGAAGAAGAGGUCUGCGAUGCAGAUGGCGAAGAAAUUUGCCAGGAGACGUGAUAACGGAGGAGAACUGGAUGCCGAAACUUAUCAGUACAUGGUCAACGUUUUGGAAAUGAUUCGCACCGAGUUUCCAACUAUGACGGAUAAACAAAUCUUCGUGGAUAACGUCUACGAACAAACAGUUGGCAGAGAGAUCAAUUUCGCCAAAAAUCAGGUGGGUUCUAGAGUUCUUGAUACUUUAAUUAAGUAUGCUGGUUUUGAAACGAUAGUGAGGUUUUCCGAAGCCUUUAACGAGGCACUCAGGCCAUUCUGCAGUGACAGGUUCGCAUCCCAUGUAUUACAAAAGUUGAUGCAUGUCUGUGCUCACAGAGGAAACUUGGUUAAAUCAGAUGAGCAGGAGACUGUAAAAGUCAAAGAGUCAGAAGUUAAAAAGUACAAUGAGAUUACUUUAAAGUUCUGUAAAUAUGUCAUAAAUAACAUUGAAGAAUUUGUUUGGGACACAUAUGCCAAUCACGUUCUAAGAACUGCUCUAGAAUGUCUGGGAGGGCUUAUUGAUCUCAGCGAAGACAACAACAAAAAGAAGAUGGGUCCUAAUCUAGAUACCAGAAGAGAAGUUGUAGACGAGUACAAGGAUUUACUUCUUACGACGUGUAAAAGGCUGAGCAAACUUCCGCAGCUGGCUGAAUUCAAUCAGGAUGACUUGACUUCUGGACUGAUGCAAUCAGUCUUGUAUUCUCUCAAAGAUAUUGACUCAGAUCUGAACAGUGUUAUCAUAAAAAGAAUAAUUACAGAGUGUUUUACAAAAAAUGACGAGAAUAAUAUAUCGAAUGUUUUUAAUAACGAAUGCUCCAUGAGGCUACUGGAAGUCUGUCUUGCUGUUUCCAACCCAAAGGAUUUCACUGCUAUUUACGAGAGGUUCUUUGAGAAUCGUUUGCGAGAUUUGUCUCUGAUGAAAGGUGCCAAUUUUUGCGUUCAGAGAUUAUUUGAACACUGUCACACAAAGGAAAACUUUGAAACAAUCUUUGACGAGAUUUCAGAGCAUUUGGAAGCUAUUCUGAAAAAGGGGCACACUGGUAUCUUUGCCAGCUUAGCCAAAGGCUGCAAUAAGCUUCAUGCCAAGCAGGGUCCCUUUAUAAAUGUAAUAUCCAAAUUGUUGCAUUGUGAUGAACCUAACGAUAGGCAGCUCCAAAUCGUUCCUUUAGUAGCCACACUUAAGAGUUACGAAGACUAUCAGAGUUUGAGAAACAAAGGGGACACAAAAACCAAAGUACCGCUCAAUUUGCAUGGAAGCUUGUCCAUCCAAGCAAUGCUAAACUUCAACAAACCAAUCAAAAUAGUGAACUCAUUGCUGGGCAUGUGCGCCGAAGACUUGUCCGAACUACUCGAAGAUCCCAAAGGCAGUAGAAUCAUGGACGCUUUCAUGGACAGUCAGUUCAUUGGCGAGAAAAGUAGAGAAAGGCUCGCCAAGAAUCUGAGAGGCACGUGGGCCAAACUAGCUUGCAGCACUCACGGCUCGAGGUGUCUGGAUAAGGUAUGGGUUUGGGCCAAAACGGCCCAACGGCAGAUCAUCAUGGAAGAGUUGGCCGAGGUAGGAGAAUCGCUUCGUUCGACGAAUGCCGGACGAGUGAUUUCGGCGAAGCUGAACGUCCCAUUGUUUGCCAGGAGCAAAAAGGAUUGGUCAGAAGCACAGGGUAAGGACGAAAAGACCAAAGCGCUCUUCGCGGACAUCAUCGGCGGUGCGAAGAAAGAAAAGUCGUGAAGUCGUUUUAUUAAUUUAAUGUAAAAUCAUACAUAGCGUUGAAUUAUGUAAAUUUAUUACAAUUCUUAACGAUUUCCAUGCAUUGUGUGUAUAUAUCUUUACUCUGUAUAUACAUGAAAUUGUUAAAACUUACAGAGCUCGACGAGUGUCGAGCAUAUAUAUAUAUAAUAUAGAAAUGUAAAAACGAUUUUCUAGCUGUGAAUUUGUUGUUGUGAGAGAAAUAUAUCAAAUUUGCUUAAUCAAUACA